AUGACUGAAGCUUAUGUAAAGGAGAACAUGGGAACAGCUAGUUGUGACCUCCCGUCAAGGAUCCACGCAGUAUCCCCUAAAUUACUCCUCCUUGUCAUCCUCGCUAUAAUCUACUGCCACGCGCCGUUCCUCCCGCGCGCCGCGGCGCAGACCUGCGAAGUUCUAGGCUCCAAUCCGUACGGCCUCGCAGAGCUUUCGACAAAGUACGAUUAUCCGGGGAACGACUUAGAGUACAUAGACGGACCAAUCAUUGCGGAGGAGUGCCAGCGGCGGUGCUUAAACUACGACCGCGAGCAGUGCCUCCUAGCCGUCGUUGACGACGCGGGCGGGUGCGCGUUGAAAUCCGCCGUUAAUCGCCAGCCGGCGCGCAGCCCGGGCUUCACUGCGUACGCGCUGCCGUGCUUCUCGUCGUCGUGUGUCAACACGUCGACGUCGACCAAUGGCAGCGCGGCGCUCUGCGCGCCGUGCCCGACGGAUUUCUCGGACCCGAACGCGCCGCGAGCCAGCUUCCGAUGCAGCGACUCGACCUCCAUGGGGUUCAUCUCCCCCGCCAACUCCUCGUGGGAUCUCACAGGCGAGCUGGUUCCCGAUGACGCCAUCAUCAUGGACAUCGACGCCACUGAGUGCGUCAGGCGCUGCCAGACCUACCCAGGGCCGUGCGUCACAGCGCAAUACGUGCCCGGCAUGCAGCGGUGUGUGCUCAAGAAGGAGUAUGGCACAGCAGUGAGCCCAUCGCCGGGAUACCUGGCGUUUGUCAAGAAGUGUGCAGUGGACAACGGGGGGUGUGGGCAGCAGCUGUGCCAGCAGGGCCAACCCAACACAUGCAUCGACCCUAAAGAGUACGGGUUUCGGUUCAAGGACAAGGACUUGGAUUACACGGGCCCGGAGGUGGGGGGGGGGGAGGGGCUGGACUCGGCAGCGUGUGUGGAGCGCUGUCAGAAGAACGACAGGUGUGUGCUGGCUCAGUCGGACCCCAGGCGGCUCAAGUGCUGGCUCAAGGGAGCGAAUUACAGCGAGUAUGGCAGCCAGCAGAAAGGGAGGAUCAACUUUGAUCGGCCGGUCAAAGGGGUGGAGGGGAGAAGGGGAGCGGGUUUGGUUCUGCUGCUGGUUGUAGCUGCGGCGGUGUUGUUGUGA